UUUAUAAUUACAGUUUAUGCUUCAGUACUUGUAGAACGCUGCGCUAUUUAAGCAUGAGGGAUAUGAGCCUCUUGUAUAAGUUACAGAUUAAUUCUACAGGCUUCUCUCCCCAGUGUUUUGGAGAUGGUUUAUCUGGCCGGUCUUUUUCAACAGUACAGCCUGAGUGUUAGCAGAAUUGGAACCAGAUGGGCUUUGCAUUUCCCACUGUAAUCUUCCAACCAGCCCUGGCAAACGCUCCACCUCGGCAUGUCAGGAAUAUUUUCCUUUUAUUUCGGAGAGACUGGAUUCUGCGAUCUGUCUGGAGCAACAUGUGGCUGUUAGUUUUAGGUUUGAGCAACUGAAAAAUAUUUAUCCCACGCGAGUCUCAGCGCCUGAUGAGGUAGUGGGGUGAAUAUAGAGGAUGCACUGGUGGGAAGGCGACUGGGUCUCAAAUACCAACCUAAUUAUUGGUCUUCCGUAUAAUCUGAAAUAUCACACUGAGAAGCACUCCACGAUGCCAGACUCCCCUGCUGAUGUCAAAACACAAACCCGGUUGACACCUCCAACAAUGCCACCUCCACCAAACAACCAAGGAGCGCCUCGAACCAGCUCAUUCACACCAACAACAUUGACGAACGGCAACAGUCACUCUCCCACCGCGUUGAACGGGGCUCCGUCUCCGCCAAACGGAUUCAGUAAUGGGACUUCCUCGUCUGCCUCGUCCACGCUGGCCAACCAGCAGCUGCCGCCGGCCUGCGGAGCCCGGCAGCUCAGCAAGUUGAAGAGGUUCCUCACCACCCUGCAGCAGUUCGGCAACGAUAUUUCGCCCGAGAUUGGCGAGAGGGUGCGCACCUUGGUGCUAGGUUUAGUGAAUUCUACCUUGACAAUUGAAGAAUUCCAUUCCAAAUUACAAGAAGCUACAAACUUCCCUCUCCGACCUUUUGUUAUACCGUUUUUAAAGGCCAACCUGCCCCUGCUGCAGAGGGAGCUCCUCCACUGCGCGCGCUUGGCCAAGCAGAACCCAGCGCAGUACCUCGCCCAGCACGAGCAGCUGCUGCUGGACGCCAGCACCACCUCACCUGUCGACUCCUCCGAGCUGCUGCUUGAUGUCAACGAAAAUGGGAAAAGGCGAACUCCAGACAGAACCAAAGAGAAUGGCUACGAGCGUGAGCCUUUGCACUCAGAGCAUCAUAGCAAGCGGCCCUGCACUAUAAGUCCCAACCAACGGUUUAGUCCAAAUAACGGCUUAUCCUACCAGCCCAAUGGCCUGCCUCACCCAACACCACCCCCACCUCAGCACUACCGUCUGGAUGAUAUGGCCAUGGCGCAUCACUACAGGGAUUCAUACAGACAUCCCAACCACAGAGACCUCAGGGACAGGAACAGACCUCUCGGGAUGCACGGCACCCGUCAAGAAGAAGUGAUUGAUCAUAGACUAACGGACAGGGAGUGGGCAGAGGAAUGGAAGCACCUUGAUCAUCUAUUGAACUGUAUCAUGGAUAUGGUGGAGAAGACAAGGCGGUCACUUACGGUCCUUCGGCGAUGUCAGGAGGCUGAUCGCGAGGAGCUUAAUUACUGGAUCCGACGAUACAGCGAUGCAGAGGAUAUUAAAAAAGGAAGCAGCACCAGCAGCCACUCCAGACAACAGAGUCCCGUGAAUGCAGAACCUGCCCAAAUAGAUUCCCAUCGGGAGUUCCUUCACAGGCCACCUGGCCAUUUGCCAGAGGAAAUAUGGAAAAAAGCUGAGGAGGCGGUGAAUGAAGUGAAGCGGCAGGCGAUGUCCGAGCUUCAGAAAGCCGUGUCGGAGGCGGAGCGGAAAGCCCACGACAUGAUUGCCACGGAGAGGGCCAAGAUGGAGCGCACAGUGGCCGAUGCGAAGCGGCAAGCUGCUGAAGACGCGCUGACCAUCAUCAACCAGCAGGAGGAUUCCAGUGAGGUAAGUUGUUGGAACUGCGGACGUAAGGCGAGCGAGACUUGCAGUGGCUGCAAUACGGCGCGAUACUGCGGCUCAUUCUGCCAGCAUAAGGACUGGGAAAAGCACCACCACGUGUGCGGACAAACCCUUCAGGCCCAGCAACAGGGCGAGGUGGCCACGGGCGGUUCCUCGGCAACGCCCAGCAGUGGCGCAGGAAGUCCAGUCGACACACCACCAGCAACUACUUCCAGGUCAACCACCCCGGCCACUCCAUCCACAAUAGAAACGACCCCACGCUAAAGAUUUUCCUCAAAAAAAACAAACUUGGCUCAAGUCACACAAAGAUGAAAAGGGAAAAUAAAACAAAAAACAAGACUCUUCACUAUCCAAGGAGAAACUAAUCUGGAGUAGUAGUGAGUUUCGAAGGCCAUAAAACGGGUCACACUUACUUACUAUGAAAAAACAAAGAUAUUAUUUGUUCAUCUUUUUUUCUUGUUUGUAAUCUGCGGAGAAGGCAGAGAGCAUCACAAAAGUAGAUUUGACCUCUUCCCUCGUUAUUUUUCCAGUAGCUGGGAUUAAAACUAGGUAACCUCAUAAACAGAUGCUUUAUCAGACAACAGACCAAGGGAUUGCUAAUUAAUGUACAAAGCGAAAUGCAAAUAUUAAAGGGCACGCUGUUCUUUCCUGCAAUGAUGAAAAAUAGGUCUCUCGCAAAAACCCUCAAGGGCACAGGCUACGUCGGCUACGGCAGAGACAUUUUAACAAGAAGAUGAAUGGCGUCCAUGGGCUGUGGAUUGAACUCUGAAGACCUGUGACAGAAUGCACAGCUGUGUAGCAGAUUGGAAGCAAGCACAGAUGUUCAUGCGUCCCUCCAGAAGAACAAUAUCCAGGUCAACCAAGUGAAGAAUUGAAUCUGUGGGUUUUUUUUUUUUUUGCUGUGGGAUAUAUGAAUACAACAACAAAGCAAAUGCUAUAAUAAGAGGCUUUCAAUCCUAACGAGAAACAGCCUGCGUUGGAUUAACUUUUUUUUUUUCCGGCAGACUCUUGUCUACCAACUGCCCUCAACAGAGCAUUUCUACACUAUUACAAGGUUCCACAUAGUCAGACAAUCAGGUCUGUUCCUGCUCAUUUUUUUGAUAAUGAAAAUGGUGGCUACAACACUGGCCCAUUCCGUGUUCCCAUCCAUCUGUUCAGAUUUGAAGUAGUUCUCUUGGUGUUAAAACACUUCUGUCCUGUGAGAUUCACUAUGAUGUUCUUGUAAAUGUGUUGGAAAAAUGUGAAGACCCAUUGUAGCUAACCAUACCCCCACACGUAGGCGAUUAUUCCUAGUUGGUGAUAGACCUGUAUCUUUCUAUGCUGCCUUUAUAUCUGUAUGUAUUAGUGAUAUUUCUCUGGUAGUUCACACAAUGGGAUUAUUUCGUUGUCCUCAAAAGAAAAAGGUUAAAAAAAAAAAAGCUAUCUAUCUGAGCUGCUAUUUCACUCUGUUUAAGAAUUAUAAGACUUAGCAUGCGUCACGGAAUGCUACCAUUUUGGUGUAUUGUAAGAGGGAUGUACGUAAAUGUACUUUGGACUGUCAUAAAUGACUCCCUAAGGCAUGCUUGUUUGGGCAAACUCCCAAUAUGCUAGAGCCAUUUUGCAGAGUUAGCUAUAGAUUAGAGUAGCUGUCACAUCCAUUUCUUUGAUAAACCGGCCAUUUAUCCAACGGGUGGCAUUUUAUAUGACGAGAUCACACAAGAGGACAGUGCAUGCAUAUCACUGCGAAGUCAUUAAGUAUUGCUGAUUUUAAAAUAAAAAUAAAAACUUUUAUCUCGAGAAGUAAAAAAAAAAAAAAUAAUAGACUCCAAAAUGCUGAGGUGUAGAUUGACAGCUUUAACACUGCUGAAUGCCAGAUAUUAAACAGUAUUAAUUAAAAAAAACUAAGGGAAGUCAGCCAAAGUCAACCCAGAUGGACCAAAAUCAGAAACAAAAAGCACCAGUAAUUGUUUCAAAGCAGUCAGCAGGUUAAACUAUUUCAGCAACUUUCAGUCAAUUCAUUGUAUAAUCCAAAAAAACAGAUGUCAUACUCGUAUAUAUCGGAUGCUGUGAUGUAUGUGAAAACAGCACUGUUUUAUUAACACUAGUGUGUGAAAGGACUAGUGCAUCACAUUACUGAUCCACUUACAUUUAUUUCAGGGCACCCUGUUGUAAACCAAUUUCUCAGAGUUCUUCUCUUUUCUCCUGUUUUUUGCUACAGUCUCCUCAGUGGCAAACUUUCACUCUACCUCUGACAGCAUGUACCAGUAGCUAUAAAACUAACUGGUGAUAGUAAAAACCAAAUGGGCACAAAAGAACCAGGAAACCAAAAGUAGGCUCAUACAGCUGCAAAACCAUAAUCACUACUUGGUAACAAUGCAGACCUCAUAUCUGAACUUUUGUUAGUUUCCUUUUAAGCUUGUCACUUAUACAGAUUAUGUGAGAGUAUAAUUUGUAGGUAUAAACGCAUUGAGAGGAAAUAAAAAAAUAAAAAAAAGACUUCAUUAAUUACAGUUGAAAGGUUGGUUGCCGAUAGGAACGGGGGUGGGAGGGCCCCUCUCUGUUGUGAGACGUACUUGUGACAGGACAACACCUGUCUUUGUUGUGUAGGUGCAUGUUGUGGAACAAAAAAAAAAAAACGGGGGAGGGGGGGUGGAAGUAAAAAAAAUAAACAGCAAAGGCCAGUUAACUUAUGCAAAGCAUGCCUAUGCCUGGAAUACUUAGGAAAGGGACUCCAUAUUGUCUGGUUUCUGAAAGGACAGAACAUUGGAGAAUUUGAAAUGCAGAUUUAAGUAAGAUUUUUGGUUCCUCAACUUUGUUGUGAAAGUUGUGCAAUACGUAAUUCCGACAUGUACCACAAGUUAACGGUAGACUAACUUUUUGGGGGGUGUCUAGACAUCAUGCUUUUUUGUCAGCAUAUUUCUGAGCUUUUAAGUCUACUAUGUCUAAACUGUGGUUCCUUGAUUAUCUUUACUUUUUCUUUAGUUGGACUGUAUUGUAUGGACUGUCAACCUGUGAAUCUUUAAAGUAUGAUUCAGGUAUUGUUGUAUUGCUAACUGUGUAAUAAAAAUUUUAAUAUCUGUA